AUUAGUUCAAUUUAUUAUUUUUUAUUAUUAUUAUUUUUUUGUGCAACUUCUCACUGCCUCUUUUUCUCUGUUUGAUUACGUGUAGUGGCGAUGGUUACGUUAAAAGGAAGAUGAAUGAAUUCUUUUUUUUUUUUUUUUUUUUUUUUAACAAGAUAUUUUGCAACGUGCCUGCGUAGUGCGUAGUUCUUUGUAACACAGAAUGUUGUCACGGAUGCUGUAAAACGUCGGAACACAUCAGUCAGUCAACAAAUUAGUAAUUAAUGUUUUUUUGUACAGCUUCUUUAAUUAAUACAUUACAACGCGCGUCACUCUUUAGUCAUUUAUUAAUUAUUAAAAGUCAUACGUGAAGUCACUGCCAAAUCAGUUGCAUUUAACUGGUAGUUCUGCCCCCUGAUUCAAGCUUAGAAAAAUGUCAAAGUCCGUAUAAUAAUAAUAAUAAUAAUAAUAUAAUCGCAUACCUGUAUAUGACAGUUAUAUAUGACAGCAUAUGUAAAAUGUUUGUACUUACGUGCUCUUCCCCUUUCCCAUCUGAGAAAUUAUACAUAUAUUCUAUAUACGUAUAAAUAUUAUAUAUAAAUAUAUAUUAUAUAUAAAAAUGUGUUUUUGUCACGUGCGAGAACGAAUCGUUAUAUACUCAGCGGACUCAUGCUAUAAUACGAAUAAAUAUUUUUAAAGCAAAUAAAACGAAAGUGUGAAUGUAAGUCGAGCAAUUUUAAUUUAAGUUUAUGUUCGUCGCCACGUAGAAGUGCAUGCGUUUGAAAAAGGUAAGUUUCAAGACCAAAACAUUAUUCGUGUGGGUGUGCGCGGUACGUCUGUUUUGUUCGAAGUAUCGCUUGUAGCAAUGCUUUUGUAUUUUUUUUUUUUUAUGUAUUGCAUACUACGAAAGCUUUCAAUUGCACUUUUUCUUUAUAUAGUCCUCGAAAUCAUCUUUGUUAAAGAAAAAAAUAACUCCGUAUACACUUACAUUAAUUGCACAAAUUCCCGAUUUCAAUGACACACGAGAUGUAAAUGCCGUUAGAACGAUUUUGAGAUAACAUGUUUUUAUUAGAAAAAACAAAAAAGUCGAACAAAUAUUGCAAAGUUAUAAAAAUAUUUUGCUGGUCAACGAGAAUUGAAGCGAACACGUGUGCGAGUGUGUGAAUUCCGGUUUUUGCGACAAAUAAAUAAAUAAAAACAAAAUAAAACCGCGUACACACGUACUUUGCUUAAAGUUGUUUUUCUUGUACGAAUAAAAAACAAAAAAAAAGGCAUUUUUAUAUCUUAUCUUUGUGACCAAUUUUAGGCUAAGGGUAGCCAUGAGUUUUAAUCCCGCGGACUCCGGGGACGGAAUCCUGAUGUAUUGUUCUCAAAGUGACGAAGGCCUCGGAGAUUUUGCAGCGCUGAUAAUAAAGGACAAGCACGUCGAGUUUCGUUACGAUAUCGGUUCCGGAAUGGCAACGAUAAGAUCACCCCAGGCGGUUCAGCCCGGUUUAUGGACGCGCGUGACGGUGAAUCGAGAUUUCAAGGACGCCAAAUUAACCGUUAACGAUCAGCCGGUUGUUGAAGGCAAAACACCAGGUGCUUCGAAGACCAUGACGCUAAACACACCCCUUUACAUCGGAGGAGUGGAUCGCAGAAGAAUUACCGUCAACGAAAAAGUCGGUAUUGAUCAAAACUUCAGGGGUUGCGUAUCUGAGCUCGAACUUUCGACGACCAGCGUGGACAUAUUGAAAGCGGCGAUCGACGCGGCUAAUAUCGAGGACUGUUCGACGCCUCAUCCGAAUCAGACGGUUCACACUACCACGGUGGCGACUACGCAACCGCCAACGACACCGUUUAAUCCCUGCGCAUCGAGCCCUUGUAUUCACGGGGUCUGUCAAAGAUCAAACGCGUACGAUUAUUCGUGCGAAUGCAACUACGGAUACGCGGGUAGUAACUGCGAGAACGUGGUGAAGCAGUGCGAAGUGUUGACGCCGUGCAGAAACGGCGGCUCUUGCAUCGAUCUUCACGGAUCUUACAAGUGCGACUGUCGUCUCGGUUACAACGGACUGAACUGUGAAAAAUUGGCUGAGAUCACGUACGACGUCGCUUUCAGGGGUGACGGAUGGUUGGAACUAGACAGAUCCGUCAUGACGCACGAAGAAGAACGCGAAGUUCUAGGCCUCGAGAUCAGUACCAACAAGAGCAACGGAUUAAUCAUGUGGCAUGGGCAAACACCGAACGAUCUGACGCCCGACGAUUACAUCGCUGUCGCUGUAGUAGAUGGAUACGUAGAAUAUCAAUACAAUUUGGGUUCCGGUCCGGCCGUUAUUCGCGUCACCGCUCAGCGCGUUGAUGACGGGGAACGACACAGAAUAAUUCUGAAACGUCAGGGUAGCGACGGUAGCAUCGAACUGAACGGCGAACACACCGAGAGCGGUUUAAGCGACGGACUUCAGCAGAUUCUGAACGCGAGAGGCAACGUUUAUCUGGGCGGUUUACCGGAUUACGCGAUGACUUACGGGAGGUAUCACGACGGAUUCUCCGGUUGCAUUUACACUCUGGAGGUGCAGGAUUCCGGAGCUAUUAAUAUCGGCGAGAAGGCUAUCAGGGGAGUAAACGUCUCGCCGUGCAUCAGUAAUCGAACUGAUAGAUCUACAGCACGUGGUGACCUCGACGGAUAUUACUAAAGAGAAAGAGAUGCACUUAUGUAAGAAACGCGCAAGUAUUGUUGUCGCGAGCGAUCAUUGAUGAUGAAAAAUGAAUGUAAAUGAGUGUGUUAACGCCAAAUCUGAUGUUUUCUUCGACGAACACGUGACAAUUAUGAAAGAUCAAAAGCAAGUCUGAUGUUGGUAGCUGAAUCAAACGUUUGACGACAGAGAACAAUUUGUGUGAAUUUCGAGACUUCUCACACUUUUCAGUUGCAAUAAGAUGAAUUUUGGUUCGAACGUUCUAUCGGAUAUAAAAAAAUAAAAAAAAUAAAAAAUAAAAAAAAUCGAAAAAGUAAAGCAACGUAAGUAUUUAGCGCAUUUAUCUGAUUUUACUAAAAUCUAUUACGAGAGCAACUUUCAGCAGGACAAAAAAAUGUGAAGAAAGAGAGACACACGUAUGAAAGCGAACGAGUUUUGAAAGUGAACGAAAACAAAAAAAAAACAAUUUUAUAUCAUAUAGUUAUAUACAAAGUCUAACCGCACUAAUAUAUUGCUAUUAAUAUUUUAUAAUUGAAGUAUAACUAUAACGUUUUAUACCGCUUUAUUUGUACGACAAGAUAGAUAUCGUUCAAUUCGUUGAAUAUAACGAAUGAACAAAAAAAAAAAAAAAAAAAAA